CAAUAUACACGCACAACCAUAUUCAUAUUCUUUUUGAUAGCCAUAUUACUAAAUUCCGGUUAUAUUUAUUUCUUAAUCAAUUCCUUCAUAUCUGAUUCUUUUUGCUUGAUUCCCUCUUCAUUAAAUAGUUUUCGAUUAGUUAAUUUCUAGUCAAAACAAUUGGCGCCGUCUGUGGGAAAUUCUUGUAAAAAGAGAAUCAACUAUGGCCAAAAGUUCUAACUCCCUGUUUAAUGAGAUUCAAGCACAGCUAGAAGCCGUCCGAGAAGAGCUCCGCGCAUCCAAAAGUUUCGGUGCGGCACAGCUAGAAGCCGUCCGAGAAGAGCUCCACGCAUCCAAAAGUUCCGACGCGGCACAAUUAAAAGCUGUCUGGGAGGAAAUGCGUCAACAAAUGGCCUUCCUCCAAGGUGAAAAUGACGCUUUGAGAUCUCAGGUGCAAUCGGUGGCAUCCAUAGCCUUCAGCUCACGACGGAGUGAGGAUGUGGCUACCGUGGCAACGAGACUGAACAUGGGUUCGAUUCCGGCUUCAAUGGAACCUUUCAUCCCUCACUCCAGGGCCGACACAUCUGGAGGAGCAGGGCCCUCAACUCAUUCCAUUCCAUCCCCAAAUCUCAGAAGGAACAUAUUCCGAAAUCAUGUCGACAUCCAUGAUCCCCAUACAUGUCGACAUCAACAACCAGAGGCGGAAAGAGCCGAAGAUCAUUGAUAUACCAUCACCUACCGAACGAGGAGCGGCCCAAACGACAACACCACCCGAAGUAGCAGUUCCGCAGAUGCAGACAAACUUGACAGACUCUUUUGCCAUUCUCAUGGAGGAGAUGAGAGAGAUGCGGGAAAAAUCAACGGCAUACCUGGAGUCCCGCCACCGCUAGAUGUUGCCUCACAAACGUGCUAUGCGGACUCGCCUUUCGGACGACAUAUCACUGAUGUCGAGAUUCCAAGGAAGUUCGCCGCCCCCUCGAUGAGACUGUUCGAUGGGACUUCUGAUCCGGUGGAACAUGUCGCUCAGUACAAACAACAAAUGUUAGUCACUUCGGUCAGACCAAAUCAGCGAGAAGCUUGCAUGUGCAGGACAUUUGGGGCGACAUUGUCAGGACCGGCAUUGACGUGGUUCGUCAACCUACCAAAUGAAAGCAUCAAUUCGUUUGCAGAGCUGGUCAACUUAUUCAAGCAACAGUUUGCGAGCAGUCGAGCCUUGGAGAAGCAGACCAGUAAUCUCUAUCGGGUGGUCCAGAGGCAAAACGAAUCCUUGCGGGAUUACUUGCAAAGCUUCAACGAGGAGAAGAUGUCAAUCCCCAGGUGUUGCGUGCCGACAACAAUUGAAGCAUUCAGACAAGGACUGCUGGAGGAUUCAGAGUUAUAUCGGGAGUUGACGAAAUACCCUAGUCGGUCCUUCGAAGAUGUCCAAGCAAAGGCACUAGCUUUCAUCCGUCUAGAAGAAGACUUACGAGCCCGUCACGGACAUAUUGAGUAGGAAGGGGGGCAUGGGAAAUCAGAAUCCUCCGGGACGUGCGACUACAAGCAUGGAAGACCUUAUUCGAGACCUGAAGAACGAGUUGUCACUUCUGUGACGAGGUAGAUUGGACGAUAUGAUUGAAGUCGUCGGACGGGGGGGCAUACCGACUAAAGACCAUCGACGGUAAACAAGUACCAAGAAGUUGGAAUGCGGUACACUUAAAACCCUUUCAUUUCUAAUUUAAUUACUCAUAAAUAUGGUCAACAUAUAUUUCGCUUAUUUCCACUACUAACUUGAGCGUCGGAGGGCCGCUGGCCUCAAACCAACGGCCAAAUUGGUCUUUGAACAUGUGCUGACCAACAAUAGCAAACUGAUCAAACUUGACGAGUAGGUAAAGGUACUCUCUUUGCUUGUAUUUUCAUCACAAACAUUUCUAUCAAUUUCACUAAUACUUUCGAUGAUAUUCAAGUAAAUUAAACUUGGACAAUUCUUACGUUUUGGUUUUAAUGUCGUUAGAUGCAUGAUGAAUGUUUUGGAAAGUCAUUUUCUUUAGAUAAAUUCUUGCUUGGUUAAUUCAUUGUAGUGAUAAUUACUGACUUAAGCUUCGGAGGGCCGUUGGCCAAAGGCCAACGGCCAGACUUUGACAAUAUGUUUGUAUGCAGAAUGUUGACAAAACGAAAAGCAGUCAAUAAUCGAUACACAUAGCGACAACCGCUAACACAAUCCCCUCAACAAGGGAUGGUGGGGUCAGCUCAAGUCUUUCAUAUAUGAAAUAUGAGGCGCAGACAGAGAAGCCCUACAUGUUUUGGCCAAAACUACACAAAACUACAGAAAACUACAGAAAACACACAACAGAAGCAUGUGCUCCAAGAGCAUUACAACACAAGCUCCAAAACAUAAGGAGACAAUACGAACGACAUUGACUUACAUCAUAAAUAUUCAUGUCGACAAUAUUACUAAAACCGUAAACGAAACGUUAUUUAAAGUUUUUGCAGGAUUUCGAUUAUGUUCAUGCAACCCGACUCGUCAUCUCUAGCAAUGAACGAAGUUCCCUUGACCAACUAAAGUGUCGACAUCAACCUGGUCGAAGUUUCAACUCGUCAGCAUUGCCUAGACAUGAUCAUUAUCACAAAUUUGGAGGAAGAGGAUAUGAGAUCAGCUUUUGUUCUUCUUCGCUUUAGCCAAAGAGACGGAUUAGAUCAGAAACUACUUGCACAAAAUUAAUGAAUUCGUCUCAUCAGAUGAGUGACGGGUUGAAAGAAACAUGUUGUCAGAAAAGUGACGAGUUGACAAAGCGUCUUGUUAUACGAAUGUCAGUUUGACAGCAUGUCUCAUCGGACAUAUGACGAGUUUAUAUGGGUGAUAUUCAAGUUUUCAAGAUUUCGACAAGUUGAUGCUUAACGGGUUGACAUGUGCGCCAAACGCCUCAACUUCUCGAAAGGGGGCAAUUGUUGGGCCCAAGAAUUUUCCUUGUCAAUUGGGCCAGCAAAUUAAUUGAAAGCAAGGGUCGACCCAAUCUUAGCUAGGGGUGGUUCGGUACUGUAUCCCUUAUAUUUUUUCUCAUACCUUUGCCGUACCAAAACUUUCGGUAUGCAAAAUUUGCAUACCUUUACCUUACCGAAGUUUCGGUAUACCGAAGUUUCGGUUCGGUAAUGGUACGGUAUCGUUAAAUUACCGUGCAUGUCUCCCAAUACAAAAAAUUAUCAUAG